AUGCAUCAACUUGCGGUCGAUGAAGCAGUUUUAUACCCCAUUGGCUCCAAAAUAAUUCAACGCGAUUUUUAUGUCGACGACUUAAUCACUGGUGCGCACACCAUUGAAGAAGUAAAAGAAAUAGUGAAACAAACCUCUGAGCUGUUAGGUAAAGGAAAUUUUAAAAUUCGAAAGUGGUGUUCAAAUAAACCACAAGUGCUUAGCAAUGUGCCGGAUACAGAUAAGGAGAAAUUAAUCAAAUUCGAUGAUGGAAGUGUUUUGACAAAGACGCUUGGACUUCAAUGGAAUCCCGAGGCUGAUAUUUUCAUAUUUUCGUUUACUCCUCGCCAAAACAAUAGAAAAAUUACUAAGCGCUCAGUUUUGUCGAUUAUUGCUCAACUUGAUGAUCCAUUGGGAUUAAUUGGACCCGUAGUGUGCAAGGCAAAAAUAUUCCUUCAGCGACUGUGGGUGGAGAAGAUCGAUUGGGAUGAAAGUCUACCAAUGACUUAUCAAACAGCAUGGCUUCAAAUUUACGAUGAGUUUAGUAGUAUAGGAAAUAUGACCUUUCCACGAUAUGUUGGCUUACCAAAGUCUAGCUUGGAAUUACAUGCCUUUUGUGAUGCCAGUCUCUCAGCUUACGGCACCUGUAUCUACGUAGUAUCUCGUUUAGGUGGACACGCACAUUCCACGUUGCUCUGUUCAAAAUCAAGGGUUGCGCCAUUAAAAACGGUCACAGUUCCUAAACUAGAGUUAUGUGCAGCUGCGCUUCUGGCUCUAGUAAUUCAGUCUAUAUGCAAUUUACGAAUAUUUAACUGUCGAUUCUUUUGCUGGUCGGAUUCCACAACGGUUUUGUCAUGGAUCAAGGAGGAGCCUUCACGUUUUAAUAUUUUUGUCGCCAAUCGCAUUACAAGUAUACAACAUUUAACAAAUGGCAUGGAGUGGCGAAUUUACAUGCCGGACCUCAAGCAUUACUUGCUGCAAUACGACAACAAUAUUGGCCCCUGGGAGGAAAAAAGGUG